AUGGCUGUCAGAGAAAUUAAACUAUGUUUAUUAGGGGAUGCUGGUGUUGGUAAAUCAAGCCUGGUUUUACGCUUUGUAUGUGAUACGUUUAAUGCCUGUUCAGAAAGUACGAUAGGCGCCUCUUUCAUGUCGAAAACGAUUGAGGUUAAUGAACAAUCCUACAAGUACCAAAUUUGGGAUACUGCUGGCCAAGAAAAGUAUCGUGGUCUAGCUCCCAUGUAUUACAGAGGGGCAGCUGCUGCCAUCGUCGUUUUCGAUAUAACCAGAGAGGAAAGUUUUCAUACCUUGAAGGAUUGGGUAAAAGAGUUGCAGCAGCUAGGACCCCCAAAUUUAGUUAUGGCUAUAGCUGGCAAUAAAAGCGAUCUAGAUGAGAUGAGAGAGGUCUCAUCACAUGACGCUAGAACUUUCGCCGACAGCGUAGAUGCUUUAUUUGCUGAAACAAGCGCAUUGACGGCCAAAAAUGUUCUCGAAUUAUUUGUUGAAAUAAGUUAG